AAGACGACCGACCCGGCAUAUAAAAAGAGCCGUCGUGUUUUUUUCCCUCCGCACGGAGCAACGCGGCUGCAAAGAUGAGAUUUUCUAUCGGCUCGUUUUUUCUCCUUUACGGGAUUGGCGGACUGCUGACCGGAGUCUGGUCUUUCCCUUUGACUCAUUGGAAAAACAUAAAAUGUCCCACAGACUGGACUCAGGUGAACUGCCACUGUUACAUCUACGAAACGACAGCUGCUAGCUUUGUCGAUGCAGAGCUUGACUGCAUCAGCCGAGGUGGAAACCUCGUCUCCAUCCACAGUAAAUUGGAAAAUUCAGUGGUUCUCGAAGUGGCCCGAGAGGGUGGUUCGACUACCGAAUUCUGGAUUGGACUCCAUGACUCAAUUAGGUCGGGCGACUACAUAUGGACGGAUGGCUCAGUUCAGAAGUUCCUCAACUUUGACAGCGAUGCGAUUCCUGCAGAGCCAAACAGCGGCACUGGUGACUGUGUCGAGGUGGAUGAAGGGGAUGGACUUUGGCAAACUGCGGACUGCACAGACGUGAAUACGUACGUUUGCAUCAUGGAUGUGUGCAACGGCGCCGACGCGGACUCUGCGGACAGCUCUUCGAUGUCCAUGGGCGGGGAAGGCGCAUGACCCAAUCAGACAUUUUGACCAACUUUGGUGGGGUGUUUGCAAUUUCGGGUUCAUUUCCAUCAUCCUGAUUUCUUCUUUUAGUCUCGCCCCUUGAUUGGGCCCAUAAAGACCUUUGUCUCUUUUGAGCGUCUAUUGCGCUUCUGCACCACAAGAACCAGCAGCAUCGACAUCUGUCGCUUUCAGUUCCCGUCCAAAAUAUCGAAGCCAAUUACAAUCCGGCGCAGUUGCCCCCCUGCCGCACCUUUGAACUGAUUUGAUUCCAGAGGUGUCGUUUUCAAAUAUUUGGGGCUGUCACUGGCCCUUUAGGGGCAGGUCUCGAAAGUUAAAAUGGGCCACGCGGAACGAGGAUCAGAAACUUACUCACUCAUAUCGUCAUUGAAUUGAAUAUGGCAAAAAUGGCGUGUGGAGGUGAUGUUAAGGGGCCCCCCAGACAUUCCCUUUUGACCACAACAUAGAUAAAUCAGUAAAAGGUUAGCUGUGACGCUGUACUGUACAGUUGGGAAAGCAAACGAGCUACAGGAUAUUCUUUUGGGCCCCUUACCAAGCACCGGUUAACUGCCUGAACGAAAUUACCAAGUGUAAAUCAAUAUUAUGUUUAAAGAAUGUACAAUGGUUCUACAAUUAAAGGAUCAAUGUCGCAGUAGAACCUUGUAACUCAUGACCACGCAUGAAUAUUUAGUGGAGCGGAGAACCGUACCAAUAUCUUUACCGCUCUGCGGAAAAAGUCAGAAGUGAUUCAAAACUCUUGAAGUGCUCUGAGGUCUCUGCAGUGGCUGGCCGUCUGUUAGACAACAGACUUUGAGAUAUGAUGUUCGCUUCUAAAGCUCUACAUCAACUCAAAAUACACCAGAGACCACCUAGACAGCAGUCGGACCCACUCACGGAGAGGCAUUCUAUGCUCCGUACAUCUGCGAAAGACGCCCAGGAAACAAAUCGGGUCUUCUGAAAGUGGGACCUCUUUGGGAUCAAGAUUAAGCGCGUGCCUGCUCACGGCCGUCUUUGUCACUCUGAAAUCUUUUCUGCUUUCAGUCGUUGCAACUCUGCAUUGUAACCUUCACGUAAUCAUCGUCUCCUGCGGGUUUUAUUAUUUUCUUUUUCACUGCAUUUUUUGUCCGGCGCGAGGCACUUUGAAUCACUCGUUGCUACCAUGUGCUACACAAAUAAACUUGCAUUGCCUUGCCUU